AUGCCCUGGAGGGCUUCUACAAGCGGCGCAUGCCGCGGGUCGCAGGACCGCCUCGGCCCCGACGCCGCCCGCCCCCCCCCCCCCCCCGGGGCCGUCAACGCCUUCGACACGCCAUGGUCGCCCCACGACAACAAGGGCACCGACUGGAAGUCCUACUUGACGUUUUUGUGGAAGCCGCUCUUGCAGUACAUCGUCUUCCCCGCGCAGUUCCUGUUCCUGUACUCGUACCACCCGUCUGGCCCCAUGGGGGACCUGCCCAAGAGGCUGGAGGCCGAUUGGAGGAAGAGGCACGCAGAGUCCGCGGAGGCGGCGUUCAAGCGGGCAAAGGAGAGAAGGGCAGACGAUCGGGGUGCCCUCGUUCUUCGCCAAGGUCAACGGAUGAGCCGGCGACAGGCUGUUUUAUCGCCUUCGUCUUGUGAUUUGGGGCCAACUUCUUCCGUACAGUAG